AUGUCAACGAGACUUCCGCCCUCCGAUACUGAGAUCAAAUUCUCGCCUCGUUAUACUGUGGAGAUCGCAAAGCGUCGCGGUGGUGGGGGAGGAGGUCGUGCAGGGGGCAGCAGUAGUAGUGGGGGAGGCAGUGGUGGCCGUACGGGUGGCAGCGGAGGGAGCAGCAGUGGCAGCAAUUCAAGAACUGGCUCAUCCGCCAACGUUGGGGGCUCGACUCGCAGUGGUUCAGGGACACGACCUGUCUAUGGGGGAGGCAAAUAUUAUGCUGGCGGCGCAACGACUCCUUAUACCUCGGGUUCCAGGUCGCGAACGGGCCUAACACCCUACCUGUUACCUGCAACAGGUCUGGCCUUUUUCGGUUUCUGGGCUUACAACGUUUACGCCUACCCGUACCCUCAUCAUUACUAUUAUGUGAAUCAGACCUCGCACCGCAAUGAGUCUAUGCCUGUGGUCUGCCUGUGCCAACAGUAUUUGGAAUGCGGGUGCGACGACAAUUCAAAUUCAACCUACUAUGAGUCACUUUUCAAUGGAAGCCAACCAACCAACACAAGCGUCACGCGAGUUGCCAACGUCAAUGGCACCGAUUCGAUCUAUAUCAACGGCACUUUACCCAAUGGGACCACUGUUGCCGACUCCUCUGCCUCAUCAACGGCAGCAGCCGGACUGACAACCCAAGUACAGCAAGCCAUCGGCCACUGGACUGUCGUUGCGUUGGUAGUGGGCCAGGUGUGGGCUUUGGGAUGA